GGGAGUGGGAGUCGGCGCUGAUAAACUGGCACUGGCGCCGCCGCGGGUAGAGGGGCAGGCAGUCCGUCAAUUUGUCGUCUGUAAAACUUGCGUGUAUUGUUCGCGAGGAUUUUCAUUUCGGAACAUUAACGGAUUCGGCGAACUGUCCUAGAUCUGCCUUGAUCAUGGAGAUACUCUUCCUACCUUGGGUGCAUUUUGUGUGACCAUGAGGGCCUCCUUUCUUUCCUCAUCCUGAAAUGAAUUUCAGCCCAAAGUAGCUGCCUUCAUUUUAUUUAGAUUGCCCGUGUGUGCACCCUUCUGAUAUUACGAUUUCAAAAUGGGUGCGUGCUGUAGCAAAAACAAUUCUGAUUCCAGCCGCCAAUCAGUCUUGCAACAUGGGUACAAACUCAAUGAAGCAGCUGAUCUUGGUGUGCACAUGGGCAGUGUUGGCACAUUGGGAAGUGAGCCCAGGUACAUUCAAGAACCAAAUCGCAUCAUGAUGAAUAUGGGAAGUGGAAAGCGUCAGCAAGGUGUUGAUAUAAUAAGAACUCCCACAACACCUUUCCACCCUAAUUCAUCUGGUAAAGGCCGAAUUGUUGUUGCUGUUUAUAAUUACACAUCACGAGAAGCAGCUGAUCUUUCAUUUGCAAAGGGUGAUCGAAUGGAAGUAAUAGAUGACAGUGAGUCUGAUUGGUGGAGAGUAAGGCAUAUUCGCUCUGGUGAAGAAGGUCUCAUUCCCUGGAAUUUUGUUGCUGAAGAAAAAUCAGUGGAGAGUGAAGACUGGUACUUCGGGAAAGUAUCUCGGAAGGAAGCUGAAAAGCUACUUUUAGCUGAUGAGAAUACGAGAGGAACAUUUUUGAUCCGUAAUUCCGAACACAAUCCAAAUGGAUUUUCACUCUCAGUCAAAGAUUGGGAUGAGAGUCGAGGAUAUCAUGUAAAACAUUACAAGAUAAAACCUUUGGACAAUGGAGGAUACUACAUCGCAACAAAUCAAACAUUUGCCACCCUUCCUGCUCUUGUUCUAGCAUAUACAAAAAAUGCUUUGGGUUUGUGCCAUGUCCUUUCUCGACCCUGCCCCAAGCCCAAACCUCAAAUAUGGGAUUUGUCACCUCUGCUGAGAGAUCAAUGGGAAAUAGAUCACAAUGAAAUUCAGCUUAUUCGGAAACUUGGUCAAGGCAACUUUGGAGAGGUAUGGUAUGGGAAAUGGCAUAACAACAUUGAAGUAGCUGUGAAGACCUUAAGACCUGGUACUAUGUCAACUGCAGCUUUUCUGCAAGAAGCAGCAAUCAUGAAGAAGUUCCGCCAUGAUCGUCUAGUUGCUCUCUAUGCAGUUUGUUCAAAGGAAGAACCAAUCUACAUUGUCCAAGAAUAUAUGAAUCGUGGUAGUUUGCUCGAAUUCCUUCGAAAUGGAGAAGGGAAAGAUUUGCAGUUUGGUGAUCUACUUUAUAUAGGGGCGCAGGUUGCAAGUGGAAUGGGGUACUUAGAAGUGAAACAGUUGAUUCAUAGAGAUCUUGCUGCUCGUAAUGUUCUUAUUGGUGACAAUAAUAUGGCCAAAAUUUGUGACUUUGGUUUAGCUAGAGUUAUUGAAGAUGAUGAAUACUGUCCUCGUCAAGGCUCUCGUUUUCCUGUUAAGUGGACUGCUCCUGAAGCUAUUGUUUAUGGCCGAUUUUCUAUCAAAUCUGAUGUUUGGUCUUAUGGAAUUCUCCUGAUGGAGCUUUUCACAUAUGGACAAGUACCAUAUCCUGGCAUGCAUGGACGUGAGGUGAUAGAACAAGUUGAAAGAGGAUACCGUAUGCCAAAGCCAACGUGUCACUUCAUUCCUGAUGCUAUUUACCGUUUAAUGCUGCAGUGUUGGGAUGCUGAUCCAGAUAAAAGACCCACAUUUGAAUUCCUAAACCACUACUUGGAAGACUUCACUGUCACCUCUGAACUCCCGUACCGUGAAGUAAUUGACUGAAUUCCUUUCUUAUUGAAUAGUUGUUUGUGUAAUUCUCAAUUGCCUUUACUGUUUUUUUUUUGUUUUUUUUUAAGUAAUUUUGAGUCUUACUGUUUGUUAAUUCAAUCAUACUAUUGAAGAAGUAUCGGGUACUUUCACUGAUACUCUUCCGUGAGUUAUUGAUAGGCUGUUGGAAAUUUGUCAACUACAGCUAAGUGUGAUGUUUACCAUUUAUUAUUUUGUAUGAAUUUUUGAGUUAUUUGAACUGCUUAGUAGAAAAAGAGAAUCAUUACCAUGAACUGAGUUUGCACUGUUUUGUUUUUCUAAAACUUGUGCUUUUUUUCUGAAAAGAUAGACUGUCAUUUGUAAUUUUGGUAUAUGAACUGAUUGCUGAAUGAAAGUAUCCUGAUUAUUUUAAAAAUUAGGAAGUUAGACUGAGUCAUGAAUCACUUUGUGUGGAAAUGCUGAAGCUUCAGUACACUUUUUCAAUAACGUUUAAUUUGUUUUUCCUGAUAUUCUUCAACCUAAACUAUUGACAUAUCGUUCUAAGUGAGCAAUGUGUUUUCUUUAGGUCUGACCAAAGCUUAAUGCAAAGUCAAGUUUUCAGUAUUGCUUUUAAUUUUUUUUACUCUGACGCCCCCCCCCCCUUUUCUUUUGUUAAUUUAUUGCUUAGACUCACCAUUGUCCCACCACCCUCCUUUUACAAGAUAUUGUUGCAGAUGAUUUAGAUGUUUAUUGUCUGUUUUUCUUAUGUGUCACUAGUCACAACGACUUGAGUCCUAUAGGGUGGGUAUAGGACUCUAAAUAAAUGGGCAGUACAAGUUACGUUACUAGUACUGCCAUAAACUUCUUUCUUUUAGGAAGAGUUGUUCUUUCUUCUUUUAUGCCAAAGAUUGAGUCAUGAUAACAUAGAACUACUAACCAUUUUUUAUCCCUUUGGAUUUUUUGCCAUUUUAUGUGGCAAGUGGAGCCAUGUGCAAACUUUGACAGUAUUAGGUGACAACAUCAACUUUCUGUUUUGCUGUUAAAUAGUGGAAAGCAUGUUUUCUCUAGCAUGGAAAUUAUGGUGCUGUAGAAUAUGUGGACUGCUUUGACAUUUACACUGUGCUGGUGUUCUAUGUAGAAAUGUGGCCUUGCCGUCAUUCAUGUCAAUUCAAACGGUGCAUGAACAGUGAGAGAUUUGUUCUUGACUCGUGCUCUUCGAUCAUGUUUCACGCUACAUUAUUUUUUCAUCCAUUGUGCCAAAUCGCAGUUAUACCAACAUUUCAACCCUGAUGGUGUUUAAGUUCUGUGUCUUUGUUCAAUUACUUUUGUCAGACUACACAGCCUCUUGCCAUAUGAAGCCAUAUGACUGUGUGUUUGAUCAUAUCUUCCUUUCUAGUAGAUUUCCUUUAGUUUGACUGCCCUUUUUUUUAAGUCUUUGUUUCCUAUUUUCUUGCAAUGUUUCUUUUGCAUUAACAAUUGGUAGUAGUGGGCAUAGCUUUUGGUUUCCUAACACUCUAAGUCCUAUUAACGGAUGCAACUGUCAAUAUUUGAUUUUACACAUUUUUGUUUUUAAUUUCAACAAUGAGUGACAUAUUUUUGCACCUUACAGGUGGUAAACUCAUAAGUUUAACGCAGAGUGAUCUCAUGUGUCGUAGCAUCGAAUUUAUAUUUAUUUUGUAGUUUGGUUGCAGUCCUUUUUUCUAAUUGACUUUUUUAAUGUCUUUAUGUUGUUCACUUCGAGUAUGAUUUGCUGUAACUUCACCCAGUCUGCUCCUGGUGUGCCUUCAAAGCGUGUUCCUGCCAACACCUAUUAAGUCAUCCUUUGUGAUAUGAAUUUAACAUUUAGUUAAUGUGAUUUGUUUUCUUUAUUCUCCCAAUUGUUUCUUUGGCUGCUUUCAUUUCUACCACCUUACUGGCCAAUGUGAAGCUUCAGUGUGUGUGUUCAGGGUACCCUUACUCAUGCUUCUGUAGUGAUGUGAACUGGUCCUGUUCUGUUGGCAGCUUAUUUUCUUAGCCCCCUUUUUAUGUCCUCCCCUACUCAUUUACAUAUUACUCGAAUGUUUCCACAGUAGCAAGUAUCUUUAUUAUUGAGUCAUAUUUCUUGUCUUGGUUUCAAUGCUCAGGCAUACAUUGAAACCAUUCCCCUUUUUUGAAUUAACUCAUUCUUUAAAACUUGGUGGUUAUUUGGACAUGGUUUUCCCUCAUUGUUGGGAUGCGAUGGAGAAAGCCAGUGGACACGCAAAACAUAAAAAUUAAGGUAGAAUAGGAACAUUAAUUUUGUUGUACAUGUACGAUAGUAAGAUUCAAGGCCAAAAAGCAAUCAAUUAGUUUAAGUAUGUGUGCAAUCAAGAUUUCUCUAUGUGAAUCUUUAUUCAACUUUUUCAAUUUUUCCAUAAUAUGCUGACUUAACUUUUCUACUGUAUCACUGUUAUUUUUAUUUGGUGCUGUUCUGUACAUAUACAGUUAAGGUUUCAUAUAGCAGUGAGUAAUUAGUCAAUGAAUUUUUAGACACAUAAUGUUUGACUUUUCUUUGUUUGUUUGUAAUUAUUGAAAUAACUAGUUUGGAUUCUUUGAUAGAUAUCAUAUAAAUCCUAUCUUAAGAAUAGUUUGGCACUCCCUUAAAUAGAUCUCAUUUAUUGUAAUUUUUCCCAUUUACUGAUUGUUGCAUGUCCACACUGUAAUCUCAAAGUUUUAUGCAAGAUUACAACUGGAGAUGUGAUACACUUAAUGAUGAAACUUAACUACCUUUGUCUAGGUUUCAAAAUAUUUCUUAACGUACAUUUGUAUUGUAAAGCACAAAGCAUGUAAUGGCGUUUUAAAAGAGACUUUUUUUCAAAAAGAAAAACACCUGCACAGUACUAGUCUCUUUUAACAUCUACUGAGUGUUGUACUGCUGUGUUUUUACUCCCUAGUCAUGCAUAAAAUAUAACACAAUUUUUUGCAAUGUCUUGACCUGCAUUUGAGUAUGCAUCAAGGCAUGUAAACCUGUCAAAAUAUUUUUCAAUCGAAUACCAUCAUCACAUUGCUUAUUUUGUUUUAUUGGUAGAAUCACUGUUUGCAUCAUAAGUAUCAUCAUCAAAAUCAUGUUGAAAUUCAUGUCACUGGUUAGAAAUCUUAAGGCUUUUAGUCCUAGUGUUUGUUCUCCAAAGAAGUUGUUUUAAAAGUCUUCAUUAAUAUUUAAAUUUACAUACCAUAUUUUUAACAUGUAAUAUGAACAGCAGUUUGCAUUGUGAACAUUUUGCAUGGAUUUCCCCAUUAAGGUUUUUUUUUUUUUUUUUUUUUUGAUUUCAGCAUUUAACUUUGAAGACUUCAAAUAAUUUUGUGCCUUAAUGUAUCAUCUUCCAUUACAGACACGAAAGAAACGAUGAAUUAUUAUGUUCAACUCAUGAUUCUGUUUCAAUUUUUUUAAAAUUUGUGCAUGCUUUGUGUGGCAGGUUCAUGAUACCAUUCCAAUAACUAGCCUGUAAGGAAAUGGAAAGAUAAUGAUUUUUACUGUGAUGGUUCAAAAAAUGUUUAAUUGGGGUCUAUUCUUGUUCACACUGGAACAUGUAAACUUGUUGUUCUCUCGGGACCAAUGUAUUUUUGCGUUAUGUUAAGCUUUUGACACUCAAUGAAGCUCGCUUAUAAUGUGCUACUGUAAUUGUAGGCUGUAGGCUUGUAGCUAAUGUGGAUUAAGAUGUGUAAUUUAGACUUAUUGAAAUUGUGUCAAGGAUGUUGCAAACUUACAUUGAGUCCAUUAACAAUACCUCAAUUUUCUUACUUCUCAUUGCAUUUUGUAUCCAUAUGUUUCAUACUGUUGUAUUAAUCCCUUGUAUAUUGCAUUUCAAACUGUGUUGGUUGAUAUCAGUUGCUAUGAGGUUUUUGUUGUGUUUUUUCUCUCCUACUCUCUGUUUGUGCCCAUGUCCAGUUGCCUGUGGGCUCCAAAAGACUAUCAUAAUCCCUCAGCUUUUAGUUAUUGAUAAAUGUCAACAUAUUCAGUCUUUUGAGUGAAGAAAAGUUUUUCUGGAAUAAGUCCAUUUAGUCAUGCUGUCCAUGAGUUACACAAACUAAUGCGUUUUCAAUUAACGCCUCCAGUUUUAUUAUGAAAGGAUGUUAAUAAAACCAUUGUGUGAUCCUCAACAUGUAAUCAUAAUUUUGUCUGUAAUGAUUUAUAUUAUUAUAAUUACUAUUAUUAUUAUGAUUAUUACUGUCAUAGACUUUGUACUCAUGUAAAAGGACACCCUGAGAUGAAUCCCUGGUGUUGUUUGUUGGUACCUGGUGUCCAGUCCAAUACUGCCAUUAAUCUUACCUGGAUCUGGAAAACAGGUUAUCAGUACAGUAACCCUUCAUGGUAAUGUGGCCCUUUCUGUACAAUUUACAUUUUAUUGCCUUGUACUGUAGUGUCACUUCUGUAUUUCAUAAUAUAAUUUCACUACCAAAUUA